UUUAACAUUUAGGUAAGUAUCGUUUAUCAAAAGUACUUAAUAAAAUAAAGGUAACAAUGACGUAGCGGUAAGCGAGAUCCUAAACAUGCCAUUUGAUAAUUAAAGCAACUGGUAGGUAACAGAUACUCAAUGCAUGUUAACACAUGUAUCAAAAAUAUUGAUACUAGGGGUAAAAUGGGAGUAAGUAGAUAAAUUUGCAUUUAGUAUUUCUACUUCCAUCAUGAACAUCGGAUGUAUUUUUCGGAAUGCUCCAGGUAUAUUUAGAGAAAAUGUAAUCUAGAUCAAAAUCUAAUUUUAAGAUUUCAGAAGAUGUCCUGCAUUUACCGUAAGCUCGUUACAAGUUAAAAUGUUUACUCUUUUAAAUAUAAAUAAUGUCCCUAAAAUUUACCAAGAUAUGUAUAUGAUCUGUAUUUUUAUCUUAAUUCAAAUCUCAAUUUGAUCUACAAAAGCAAACAAAACUAUUGUCUUUCCUUUUAGAAACUAAGUGUGUGCUCUAUAAAUAAAUUAAACGGAAGAAAGGUCUUUCACUGAACCAUUUGCGAGUCAAAGAAUGUACUACGUUCGUUUAAUAGGAAAAACGCGAUGGGGGUGCGAGGUCAGUUUAGCGGGCUGCCUCCUUCCAUAAUAGGUAGCUACGAUACGAUCUCAGGGGAGUCAAGUAUCGUGUGGCGGCCAGUCGAGCCGAGGUGCUGCAGACGGCUGGUCAGCUGUCCGUCGCCGUCGCGGCUGUCAACAUCGCGCCCGAUACUUACCAUUUUCCUGAUCCCUUUAGUCUUUGAACCCAUGGAACCUUCCUGAGCUUAAUUCACUCGAUCAUGGGUUGUACCAGCAGUGCUCCAAACAUGGUCAACACUAGCACGGCAGAGAAAAGCAUACAAUUCGAAGAAGAAAUGAGCGACGACCUAUCAAAAGAUACAGAAGAAAUAAUUUAUAGAGCGGAAAACGACUCUAAACAACUAUCAGCGCUUCCAUCGAGUGAUACUUUAACAGAACCCAUAGACUUAGUUAGAAAUAAAUCGAAUGCUAGCUUAAAAACAGAAAAGGAUAUGGAAAUCAAAUAUUUGACCAAAAGUAUGGCAGACAAUAUUGAAUUAAGCUCACCACAAGAAGACCAGAAGACUAAUAAAUUAGAAGAUUUGGUUGGAAAAAUAGUGGAUUUACAUAAUCCGGAUGCGGACAACACAAAAUCUGCGUUAAAACCAACGGAAGAUUCCAGCAAAUCAGCUGAAACAAAGGAUGAAAGUGAUUUGACACCAACGGAAAAUAUGCAAGAAAACGAGCCCAGUGAAAUGGAUAACGAAAAAGAAAAAGAUGAUCCCGCCUUGGAGGCCACGAGUCCAAGUCAAUCAGAGAGCAGUCGUGCAACACGAUGGGAGGCGCUUGCGGACAUAGCAGCAGAACUACCACCUUCUCUCACAGUCGAUCCUAUUACUGGACAAAUAUAUGCAGUUUCUAAAUAAA